UUUUUCUUUUUUUUUUUUUUUUCACGGUGUGGCGAGCCUACAUACUCCUUUAAAAUAUUUUUUCUUUCUCGACAACAACCCUCACCCCUCUUCCCUCCAUUUCCCUCCCUCUGUAUUGACCUGUUAUUAUUCACAUAUACAAACUGUAACUUAUAUAUCGACCUUUCGUUGGCCGUGUUUGCUUUGAUAUACUAGAACCCUCAUUUUCAUUUAAUUCCUUUUCUCUUUUUCAUCUUCUCUUCAUCCCAUCAGUUUCUCUGUUCUCUUAUCCUCCUUCAAAGCCAUGAAAUCCGCCAACAAAGGAGCGCUCAAAGUGUAUCCCGUUGCUUCUGCAGAUACCAUCAUCAACCGACCGACGGACAAUUACCCAUUAGCCAAUUCGGCCAUCCCCAUGGGAUUGACGAAAUGCGCUUCUGAUCCCACCUGGUUAUCCCUUUUCAAAAAAUCCAUCUGUAUGCCACUAUCAAAGAAACACAACGAUCAUCGAUCAUCACGUAAACGAUCCAUAUCAGCUGAUCACGAUUUAUCGGACCUACAAGACCGACCCAGCAAACGAAAUUGCGUCAAUGAUGCAACAGCCACCCAUCCGUUAUUUGCCAAUCCUUGUGCAGGCAAUUUACCCUCACCCUCACCUUCUCCUGUGGUGGAAAUUGGACAAAAUGGACGUAAACAUGACCGCCCUACUUAUUUCGAUCCCGCCUACCUUGAUAAUGCCGUCCUUCAUCACUUGCCUACGGUGAUAUCCAUCUACGAUACCUUGCCGGAGGACAUGAAAUCGUACUUUCUCUUCCAACUCAUGAAACGCUCAUCCACCGAAACCCUCCAAUUCGUCAACUCAGUCAUUACCCCCGUCCUUAAAAGAGAUUACUUGGCAUCCUUGCCAUUGGAGCUGGCUCUUCAAGUGAUUCGAUAUCUCGACGUACGAUCGCUGUGCCAAGCGGCCACCGUCAGUCAACAUUGGCGAUCAUUGAUUGAUUCCGACCCCGACACUUGGCGGCGUUUACUGACCCUCGAUGGUUUCAAAUAUACCAGUCCACACAUGCAAUUCACUUCCUUCCACCCCUGCCCUCCCGCCGAGAACAAUUUAAUACGCACUGCCGAAAAUCAGCAUCCCUACAAACAAAUGUACCGACGUCAAUAUAUCCUGAAACGCAAUUGGAAACUGGGACGAGCCAAACGCAUCCAAUUUCACGGUCAUCCCGGUCACGUGGUGACGUGCCUUCGUUAUGAUGGUAAAAAAAUCAUUUCCGGUGCAGAAGAUUGCCGCAUCAACGUGUAUGAUCCUGCCACUGGUAAUAUUCUUCGCACACUCACAGGCCACGACGGCGGAGUGUGGGCUCUGCAAUGUGUCGGCAACACCUUGGUGAGUGGUUCGACGGAUCGCACGGUGCGUGUGUGGGAUAUUGAAAAGGGGAAAUGUACACACAUUUUCAGAGGACACACCUCGACAGUGCGGUGUUUGCAAUUGGCGUUACCGACCAUGAUCAACGGACGCAUGGAACCGAGCCAACCGUUGAUCAUUACAGGCUCGCGAGACACGACGAUCCGGAUUUGGCGAUUACCGGAUUUGACGAAAGAGGAUGAGGAAUCACAAGAAAGCACGGGCUCGGAUCCAUACCAUGUGCGUACACUGCGAGGUCACAGUCAUUCGGUUCGUGCAAUUGCGACGCACGGCAACAUUCUCGUGAGCGGAAGUUACGAUAAUUCGGUCGGUGUGUGGAAUUUGGAGACGGGCCGUAUGAUCCAUCGAAUGGAAGAACAUACGCAAAAAGUAUACGAUGUGGUCAUCGAUGCACCACGGCACCGGUGUAUGAGUGGCAGCUUGGACAGUUCGGUACGAAUCUGGGAUUACGAGACAGGCGAAUGUCUAAGGGUGCUCGAAGGGCAUUCGGUCCUGGUAGGAUUGCUUGGUCUCACUCCGAAUUACCUGGUGUCGGGUGCGGCGGAUACGACUUUGCGUAUAUGGUCGCCAAAUAGUGGUGUGUGCAAUCACGUUCUGACGGGGCAUCAAGGAGCAAUUACCUGUUUCCAGCACGAUGAUGAAAAAGUGAUUUCGGGAUCGGAAGGAGGGUUGAAAAUGUGGGAUAUCAAAACCGGUCGGUUGAUAAAGGAUCUUAUUACGGGCGUCACAGGUGUAUGGAGAGUCGCGUUUGACGAACGUCGCUGUAUUGCGGCCGUCCACACGGAUAAUGUCACUUCCUUUGAAUUGUUGGACUUUGGGGCGUAUGGCUUGGAAGAAACGGAAGAACAAUCAUAAAGAAGUCCAUUUUUCUAGCUAGAUUCUCAAAGUGCGAGAAGAAUGCAAGAAAAGGGGAAAAAUAACCACCAGAAGGAGAUCCGAAGAACACUGGCUGCUCUAUUUAUUUUCUUGAAUGGGAUUAUUCAUUCUGUAAACAUUUUAUCACCAUGAAAACACUUAAUAUACCAAACCCUUUUAUUUCUCCUGGAG